GAUUUUAAAAUCGAGCUUGCGUGAUUCCUUUCCUCUUGGAGAAAGGAAAAUCCACCGGGUCGGAGCGGCAGAAACUGGGCGGAGAGGCUCGACACCCAACUUUGCACCUGAGUAAAGGUCGCUGGAAUAAAGGCAGAGCCGCGGUGAAAAUGGCGACCGGGGAGCUGUCGCCUUUCCAACGUCCAGAGUAGGCGGCCGGAGGCGGGCACACCGGCUUCUUUCUCCACUCGACGGAGGCUGGCUGGAGCCGAGCGACAUGUCAGUCUCGGAACUUUACACCAAGUAUACAAAAGUUUGGAUCCCUGACCCAGAGGAUGUUUGGAAAUCAGCAGAAAUCAUCAAGGACUACAAAGAUGGUGAUGCGAUCCUUCACCUUAAACUGGAAGAUGAAACGCCUCUUGAGCAUCCUGUCAAUUUUAAGGGAAACCAGUUGCCUUUCCUUCGUAAUCCAGACAUCCUUGUUGGUGAGAAUGACCUGACUGCUCUCAGUUAUCUUCAUGAACCUGCUGUGCUCCACAAUUUGAAGGUCCGCUUCCUUGAGUCCAAUGCCAUAUACACGUACUGUGGUAUCGUCUUAGUCGCCAUUAAUCCUUAUGAACAGCUGCCAAUUUAUGGAGAAGAUGUCAUUCAGGCAUACAGUGGCCAGAAUAUGGGGGACAUGGACCCCCAUAUCUUUGCAGUGGCCGAAGAAGCAUACAAGCAAAUGGCCAGAGAUGAGAAGAACCAAUCAAUCAUUGUAAGUGGGGAGUCUGGAGCUGGAAAGACUGUGUCUGCUAAGUAUGCCAUGCGUUAUUUUGCCACCGUGGGUGGAUCAGCCAGCGAAACAAAUGUUGAGGAGAAGGUCCUGGCCUCAAGUCCAAUUAUGGAGGCCAUUGGUAAUGCUAAAACAACAAGGAAUGAUAACAGCAGUCGCUUUGGGAAAUACAUCCAAAUUGGCUUUGACCGGCGAUAUUACAUAAUUGGUGCCAACAUGCGAACAUAUCUGCUAGAGAAGUCGAGAGUGGUUUUCCAGGCAGAAGACGAGCGCAACUACCAUAUCUUCUACCAGCUGUGUGCCUCGGCCAAUCGCCCAGAAUUCAAAGAACUGUAUUUAAGCAGUGCAGAGAACUACUUCUACACCACUCAGGGUGGUAACACACUGAUAGAUGGAGUUAAUGAUGCUGAAGACUUUGAGAGAACUUGGGAUGCCUUUGCUCUACUUGGUGUAAAGGAUGCACACCAGAUGAACAUUUAUAGAGUAAUAGCUUCAAUUCUCCAUCUGGGAAAUGUAGAGAUUAUUUCAGAAAGAGAUGUGGACACUUGUGGUAUUGCUAAAAAAGAUGAGCACCUAAAAUACUUCUGUAAUCUGCUGGGAGUUGAGCACGAUCAGAUGGAACACUGGCUGUGUCACCGCAAGCUUGUCACAACGUCAGAGACUUACGUUAAGACCAUGGCUAAGCAGCAAGCCAUCAAUGCCAGAAAUGCAUUGGCCAAGCACAUCUACGCUCAGCUUUUCAACUGGAUCGUGGAUCAAAUCAACAAAGCACUUUACACAACCAACAAACAGCAUUCUUUCAUCGGAGUAUUGGAUAUUUAUGGGUUUGAAACAUUUGAAAUCAACAGUUUUGAACAAUUUUGCAUCAACUAUGCCAAUGAGAAAUUGCAGCAGCAAUUUAACCUGCAUGUCUUCAAAUUGGAACAGGAGGAAUACAUGAAGGAACAAAUACCUUGGACUCUCAUUGACUUCUCUGACAACCAGCCAUGCAUUGACUUGAUUGAGGCUAAGUUGGGCAUCUUAGACCUGUUGGAUGAAGAAUGCAGGAUGCCAAAAGGUACAGACCAGAGCUGGGCCCAGAAACUGUAUGAUCGCCAUUCGAACAGCAUACACUUUCAGAAACCUCGAAUGUCCAAUAUGGCUUUUGUUGUUAUACAUUUUGCAGAUAAGGUGGAGUAUCAGUGUGAUGGGUUCCUGGAGAAAAACAGAGACACAGUAUAUGAAGAGCAGAUCAACAUACUGAAGGCCAGCAAGUACCAGCUGGUGGCUGACCUUUUCCAGGAUGAGGACUCCUCUGCUUCCACGGUAAAAGGGAAAACUUCAAAAAUAAAUGUUCGGCCUCUCAAACCUGCCAUGAAGACGCCCAAUAAAGAGCACAAGAAAACCGUUGGACAUCAGUUUCGAAACUCCCUGCAUCUACUGAUGGAAACCCUGAAUGCCACAACACCGCAUUACGUACGUUGCAUCAAGCCAAAUGAUGGGAAAUUUGCCUUCUCGUUUGACCCGGCACGAGCUGUACAGCAGCUGCGGGCCUGUGGAGUGUUGGAGACUAUCCGUAUUAGUGCUGCGGGAUACCCAUCGAGGUGGACGUACCAUGAAUUCUUCAACAGAUAUCGGGUCCUAAUGAGGAAGAAGAACAUAAUUUUGAAUGAUAAGAAAGAGACCUGUAGGAGGCUUCUGGAUAAUGUUAUCAAGGAUCCUGAUAAAUUCCAGUUUGGCAAAACCAAAAUCUUUUUCCGUGCUGGUCAGGUAGCAUACUUGGAAAAACUCCGAGCAGACAAGUUCCGAGCUGCAUGUAUGAUGAUACAGAAGACAGUUCGUGGUUGGUUGCAGAGAACCAAGUACAGAAGGAUGAAGAAGGCUGCCAUCACUAUCCAGAGAUAUGUUCGAGGUUAUCAGGCACGCAGGUUGGCAGACUACCUGCGGAAAACGAAAGCUGCGAUAAUUUUGCAGAAACAAUGCAGGAUGCUGGCUGCACGACGGGAGUACCUGAAAAUUCGCAAUGCAGCCAUUACAAUUCAGGCUUAUACUCGGGGAAGGUUUGUCCGUCAGGUGUACCGUGAGUUAUUACUCCAGCAUAAAGCUACUAUCAUUCAGAAGAAUUUAAGGGGCUGGAUGGCUAGAAAGAGAUUCUGCAGGAUUCGCAGUGCAGUCAUUUAUCUCCAGUGCUGCUACAGGCGUAUGAAAGCACGCCGUGAGCUGAAGACACUGAAGAUUGAAGCGAGAUCAGUGGAGCACUACAAGAAACUCACCAGUGGGAUGGAAAAUAAAGUUGUUCAACUUCAAAGGAAAGUAGAUGAUCAGAACAAGGAAUACAAGGCACUAACAGAGCAAAUGACAGCAGUGACAAUGGCACAAGCUACUGAAAUUGAUAAACUCCACAAGGAGUUGGAGCGAUGCCGGGAACAGCAGGGAGAGGAGAACAGAGCAAGCAGUUUACAGGAAGAGGUUGAAGAACUCCGCAAGGAACUUGAGAAAUCCCAGAAAGAACGCAAAAUCUUGGUAGACACCUCCACCAGAGAGAAAGCAGAACUUCAGCAGCGUGUGCUGGAUCUGGAAAAGGAGAACACACUACUGAAACAUGAAAAGGAAGAAUUGAACCAGCGCAUCAAGAGUGAAUCCAAGGAUGUAGCAGAAAAAUUCUCAGAGAAGAUAGCAAAGGAAAAUGCACAGUCAAAGAAGGAGCUAGAUGAAGAACGCUCUCGGUAUCAAAACCUCCUAAAAGAAUAUUCCCGCCUGGAGCAGCGAUACGACAAUCUGAGGGAGGAGAUGACGUUCAUUAAGCAAACUCCAGGCCACCGGAGAAACCCUUCCAAUCAAAGCAGUCUUGAAUCGGAUUCUAACUAUCCUUCCAUCUCAACUUCUGACAUUGGGGAUACAGAGGAUACAAUGCAGCUGGUGGAGGAAACUGGCUUGGAGAAUGCUGCCAUGGAUAUGACUCUAUUCCUGAAACUGCAGAAACGAGUACGGGAACUGGAACAAGAAAGAAAGUCGUUACGUGCAGAGUUGGAGCAAAAGGAAGCACUGGAAGCCAAAAAGAUGGCAAAUGAGUACAACAGCAUCCCGGACAAUGAGCAAGCAGCAGAAAUGGCCUAUGAAAGCUUAAAGCGACAUGAGCUGGAAUCUGAAAACAAGAAGCUGAAGAAUGAACUCAAUGAGCUGAGGAAAGCUAUAGCAGAAAAGUCAGCUAUGGAGCACCCAACUAAUGAAUCAGAAGAUGUUUACAGUGUACUUCUACAUCAGCUGAAGGCGGCCAAUGAGGAACUAGAGGUGCGCAAGGAGGAGGUCCUCAUGCUGAGAACUCAAAUUGUCAAAGCUGCUCAGCAGAAGGAGGAAGCAAAAAGCAUGGAUAACAUGACUGAGAAAUAUGAGUGGAAAAGAAGUGAUGAAAACACAGAUAAAGAUGAUGCCAUUGAGGCUUACAAUGGUAUAUGUGAGACAAACAGGCUGCUGGAGGCACAAUUGCAGUCUCAGAUCAAGCAACACGAGGAAGAGGUAGAAAGACUGCAAGCACAGAUUGAGGCUAUGAAGGAGGAGAUGGAAAAGCAGCAACAAGUCCUCACACAGACACUUCAGAUGUCUCCAGAUGCACGUAUUGAAUAUAACAUACAACAGGAGAUUACGCGUCUCACCAAUGAGAACCUGGACCUUAAAGAGCUGGUGGAGAAACAGGAGAAGAAUGAGAAGAAACUAAAGAAGCAGCUCAAGAUUCACAUGAAAAAAGUUCAAGAGCUUGAAGCCCGGAGCACAGUACAGAAGGAACCAAGACGAGAACAACUAACCAGACAGGUCACUGUGCAACGGAAGGAGAAGGAGUUCCAGGGAAUGCUGGAAUAUUGUAAGGAGGAUGAACCUCUACUUAUCCGUAACCUCAUCACAGACCUGAAGCCCCAAGCAGUCUCUGCCACAGUACCAGGCCUGCCAGCAUACAUCCUCUUCAUGUGCCUUAGACAUGCAGAUUACAUAAAUGAUGACCAGAAGGUCCAGUCACUUCUCACUGGAACUAUCAAUGGCAUAAAAAAAGUAUUAAAGAAACACAAUGAUGACUUUGAAAUGACAUCAUUUUGGUUGUCCAAUAGUUGCCGCCUUUUACAUUGUUUAAAACAAUACAGUGGAGAUGAGGAUUUCAUGAAGCAGAAUAACCCACGGCAGAACGAACACAGCCUGAAGAACUUUGACCUCACAGAGUACCGCCAAGUUCUAAGUGACCUCUCUAUUCAGAUAUAUCAGCAAAUGGUUAAGGUUGCAGAAGGUCUCCUUCAGCCAAUGAUAGUGUCUGCAAUGCUGGAGAAUGAGAGCAUCCAGGGUCUGUCAAGCGUGAAACCCAUGGGCUACAGGAAGCGUUCUUCAAGCCGGGUGGAUGGAGACGACAGCUACACCCUAGAUGCCAUGUUGCGCCAACUUAACAUGUUAAACCACACCAUGUGUGAACAUGGACUGGAUCCUGAGAUUAUUCAGCAGGUCUUUCGGCAGCUCUUCUACGUCAUCAAUGCUGUAACACUUAACAAUCUGCUACUGAGAAAGGACGUAUGCUCGUGGAGUACAGGAAUGCAGAUCAGAUACAACAUCAGCCAGUUAGAAGAGUGGCUGCGAGGAAAGAAUUUACAACAAAGUGGGGCUGUGAAGACAAUGGAGCCUCUAAUCCAAGCUGCACAACUUCUCCAAGUAAAGAAGAAAACCACUGACGAUGCUGCAGCAAUCUGUUCAAUGUGUAAAGCUCUGUCCACACAACAGAUUGUCAAAAUUUUAAACCUAUACACGCCAGUAAAUGAGUUUGAAGAACGUGUAACCGUAUCCUUCAUUAGAAAUAUUCAGUCCUGUUUACAAGACCGCAAUGAACCUCCUCAACUGCUAAUGGACUUCAAGCACACAUUUCCUGUUAUGUUUCCAUUCAACCCUUCUGCACUCAACCUGGACACCAUACACAUCCCAGCAAAUUUGAACUUGACUUUCCUCAUUAGAGUGUAGAACAAAGGUUUCUGUGUACAUUUACGGAAGAAAGUAUGGAAAGAGAAAAAAGCUGAAUGUUGCUGCAUCUCAAUGAAGAAUGAUUAUGGAACAAUUAAUCACACAAGACCAUAUCAAAACCUGAUUGGAAGCCAAAAUAACCCAUCAUCACUACUAAUAGACAUCCACAACAAACCAUUUGCGAUGCAUUCAGAAGGAACAUCUGGCAUUUUCAGUGAUAGACUAUGAUUUAUUUUUGUAAUUAACAAAGCAAUGACCAUUUAUUGAGUAGAAUAUUAAAAAAAGCAAAGAAGACUGUGCCACAGAUUUUGAUAUUUAUGAACCAUGUAAAGUUUAUAACCAAACAAAAACAGCAGUUGGAUUCAUAAUGUGAUUUCUGCGUGUUUUGCAACUCAUCUUUUUGGCUUCCUGUCACAGUUCAGGCAUGAAAUGGAAUUGCCCAUUUUGCAUUCCUAGUCCAUGACAGAGUAAUCUAUACAGAUGCAAUGAAUUUUUAGAGAAAAGGAAAUGUAAAGUAGGGAUGGGCUUUGGGUCUGGUCAAAUAUACAGCCAAAUUAGAGUUAAUAUCACCUUUCUACUAGUCUAAUAUUUUUCCCCUCAUUUCUGCAGUGACCAUAUUUCUGCAGUGUGGACAUAUUUUAUCGCUUUGUUAUUUGAGCUAUUAAAAACCAUGCUUCUGUAACUGCUUGUUUGAAGCUUGGACAAAAAGAUAUUGAGCAGUUUGCUGUAAGUUUCCAUUAUAAGCUUGACUCUGAAAUGACAAACGGCUUGGCUUUGUGAUUGUACUUCACUCAACAGAGGGAUCAAUCUGACUGUGUCAUGCAUAACCCCGAGAAGCAAUAGCCAUUUCAGAUGGAGUCAUUGCUGUGAUGCAUUAAGUAAGGACCAAAAAGGUUUACAGCUUUUGAGAUGGUGACAGCACAAUACUCUUGGUAAAUAGAUUUAUUUAUUGGCCAAUUGUAAUUUGCAGAAAUGACCACAUUAUGUUAAAAAUCAGGAUGUUGCCAAUCAUUAAUUAUAUAGAUUUUGCAACAUCUACACCUGAGAGAUGCCUCCUGUUCUGAGGCAGCAAAACUGCAUUGGCAAAGUCAGUGCCUUGAUAUUUAAACCAGCAAACUUUUAUAAAUUGAAUAUAGUUUGCUGCUGCUUGAUAGUGACUUACUGUAUAUUUCAUUUAAAUUCCCUGUUCUAUCGCACAACAGUUUUCAACGUGUAGGAAGCAUGCGCCCUUUACACCUCUGACUGAACCACUCCACCACCUGGUCCUGAAUUGAAAUGGUAUUUUUUUUCAAUUGCAUAUUCCUGAUGCAUUUUGAAUUCUUUGCGAGAGAAUUGAUUAUUGUUGCCCACAAAUACAGUUGGAGUCAUAUGAUGUUUACUCAUAUUGCACACAAUAGUCUGUGAUGGGGGCAGAACUUUGAAUCUAGAACUUUGUCGUUAACUGUUGGUCCCCAUUCCAUGAAUCCAAGUGCACAGUUCCAAUAAAAAUCCCAUAAAAUCCACGUAUGCACACAGCUGCAAACAAAAUGCUUGAUCCUCAUACAUCAUCUUCCUGUUCCUACUUCUCAGCUGCCCUUCCUACCUUUACAUUGGAGCAAUAAAAUGGAAGCAUGGAAGUGUCAAAGAUUAUACCAUUCCCUUCAAGCUGUCCAAUGAAUACAGCACUUGCUAAUUGAAGUGGGUAAAAUAGUAAAGUAUCUGUGGUUACAAAAGAUGAUAUUAAAAUGCUGUGUUCAAAUAUUUACAAAUUGCAUACCUUAGAUAGAGUGAGAAAACUUUUCUUUGUAAUAUUUUAAGUUAGGUGUGUUUUGGUUUUUUCAUAGUUUAAAAUGGUCAUUUAUUUUUAAUUUAGAUUUAUGAAAGAAAAACAAUGGUCUAAGUAUAUAACAAUGAUGACUUUAUUAAGUUGCAUGAGAAAGUGAUACAGCAUUAUGUUCAGAUAUUGUUGGGAAAGAAGAAUUAAGCACAAAAGAUGUAAUUAAAGACCAUUUUUCACAGACUGUUGUACUGUUUAAAUCUGACUCAUAUCUGUAUGCCUGAGGAGUAAAGUGACUCACUUAUUCAAAUGGGCUCAUCAUAGAACAUAUCACUUGUCCUGAUUAUUGGGUGGGAAAAUAUACCACCUGCUAUCCUAAAUCAGCAAGAUAAUGUCUAUUCAAUCUCUGCUCUAUGGAGAUAAGUGAUUUCAGAUAGUUAAGGAGAUACCACAGCAUGUACAAUGAAGAAAAAGGAAAUGAACAGCAGUUGCAGUCAGAAAGUGAGUACUCACAGAAGAUGAGUUCAUGUUUAUGUGAUGUCCUUGUUAAGUAGACUGAGGACUUUCACACCAUAAACAGACACAUGAUGUAAGAUCAUACACACAGGAUUGGGUGGCACAGUGGCACAGCAGAUAAUGCUGAUGCCUCACAGUACCUGUGUAAAGUGUGCACCAGCUUCCCAUGACUCCAUGGGUUUCCCUUUUCAUCCCAAUGAUAUGUCAGUCAUUAAAUUAAUUGGCUGCUGUAAAUCACCACCCACCCACACUAAGGGUAGGAAAAUCAGCAUGGAGUUGAGAGAGAAUGUGUUACGGGGAAAUAGUUGGGAAUAGGAUUGACGGAAUUGCUCUGAAAGUCAGCGUAGACUUGGGCCAAGUGGCCUCCUAUGUCAAAAAAAGAGAUUCUCGAACCACAGACACUUGUUGAACUGUAUCAUAAUAGAACAAAUAUUAAGGGGUUAAGAUUGGAGGAAAAUUGCACUUUGCAUUUGAUAGGACAACAUUUAGUAAUUGAGAUCAAGUUACAGAGGAGGAGGACAGGAUGUGGCACAUAAUGUAUUGGUCUGAUAAUUUUAUAUUGAAUAGAUGAAAGUUGUUGUUGUGCAGGUGCCUCAAAGUAUUUAGAUUUUAAAGCCAUUGCUUCCUUGAGUAUCAAUCACUUUUUAUCCUAUCUGGUACCUUUAGUCAUACAUCUUUAAAGUCUUCCUCUUUUAAAAGAUUACUUGUAAUAUCCAAGUUAAUUGUAAAAUAAAAUAUGGACAACACUCUUUCAGAAGAAUGCCAAGGUCUUAAUGAGGACGUAAGAUAUACUCAAAUGAUUACAGGGAUGAAGAUUGUUGUGAGGAGAUUAGGGAAGCUGAUUGUGUUGAGGGAAAACUUUACACCAGUAUUAAAACCAUAAAAGAUCUUGGAGUAAAUAAAAGAAAAACUGAUUCAGCUGGCAGGUUGGACUUCACCUAAAGGACAUAGAUUUAAGUGACAAAACAAAACAGAGGAGAUGAGGAGAAUUUGAUUAACGUAACCGGUGGUGGAGGCUGAUACGAUAGGGUCUUUCAAGAGACUGUUAGAUAGGUACAUGGAGCUGAGUAAAAUAGAGGGCUAUGGGUAAGCCUAGUAAUUUCUAGGGUAGGGACAUGUUCGGCACAGCUUUGUGGGCCAAAAGGCCUGAAUUGUGCUGUAAUUGUUCUAUAACAAGAUCUGAAAUUUGCUGCUUGUAAGGGCAAGAUCAUUUAAUAAUCAAAAGGGAUAUACUUAAAUGUAAAGGUCUGUUGGGGAAAGUAAGGAAAUUGGAUUUGUCAUUCAAAGCAGCAGCACAGGCUUGAUGGGCUGACAAACUUGCUUCUGUGCUGUAAGAUUUUAUGGGAGGUUAAGAAAAUGCCAAACUAUAAUUUUUUGAACAAAGAUGCACAGAACAAUUCCAUCUGUUUUGAAAUACUUUAAUUUCAUUUAUCCCAACUAUCACCAUAUUUCCAGGAAUGUGCUUAAUUGAAUGCAUCAUUGUUAUACAGUGAGACUUGAAACAAAUGUAUGGUGUUGCUGUCUUGGAUGUUUAUUGUAAUAAUAAGACAUACCAAAUUGUCAUACACUCCCAAGCAUGGCUAGCUGUGGUGAAGUAUCACUGAAGAUCAAAACGUUUAAGGAUCUUUUGGAUGUACUUUCCACGGUCUGGUGACAAAUGAAGACCAUUUUCCCUUCAAAGAUUAAACAUUUUCAUUAAUUAUUG